UUCUUCUUCCUUCUACCCGCUUUCCCCUUUCCUUCCCACUUUUUUCUUAUAGAAAUCGCCUUCCGAAGCUUAAAUCCUCUUAAAAACCGCGUCUUUCUCACAGAUUCAUCUCUCCGGGCUCUAAAUAAGCCUUACUCCCAACCUUGGCUCCCUCUGCUCUUUCCCAAUCCACUCAAAACUUUCUGUUUUUAGCUAAAUUAGGGAACAGAGAGCUACAGAGAUGAAUAAUCUGUUCUCAUCAUCAUGGCGUAGCGAUCCCGCAUCCCCCAACGGAGGCAUCGGCAUGACGCGAACGCCAAGCUCUGGCAUCACUCCGGAGGCCGCGGCCGCCGGAGGUGCGAACCUCGAUAAAUUCUUCCAUGAAGUCGAAUCAAUCAAGGAAGAACUCAAGGAAAUAGAACGAGUCCAUCGCAGCUUGCACGAAUCGAAUGAAUCUCUGAAAACCCUUCACUCACCGACAGCCGUUCGCGACCUCCGUGCCCGUAUGGACGGGGAGGUCUCUCACGCCCUGAAGAAAGUGAAGCUCGUCAAGCUCAAGCUGGAAUCCCUCGACCGUUCGAACGCAUCGAGCCGGUCAGUUCCCGGCUGCGGGCCGGGGACAUCGUCGGACCGGACGAGGACUUCGGUGGUCGCCGGGCUUAGGAAGAAGCUGAAAGAUCAGAUGGACGCGUUUGGGGAUCUGCGGCGGCGCGUUGCUGCGGAUCACAGGGAGGUGGUGGCGCGAAGAUACUAUGCAGUAACAGGCGAGACGGCCGACGAGUCAACAAUCGACGCAAUGGCGGCGGGGGACCGCGAAGGGGAGGGAAUUUUGCGCGCGGCGGUGGAAGGGAGAGGGGCGGUGGAAGCGGCGGUGGCGGAGAUGAGGGAGAGGAAAGGAGCGGUGGAAGAGAUCGAGAGAAACUUGAUUGAGCUUCAUCAGGUGUUUCUGGACAUGGCGGUGAUGGUGGAGACGCAGGGGCAUCAGCUUGAUGACAUAGAGAGUCAGGUUGGGAGAGCAAGUUCCUUUGUUGAUCGUGGCGUUAAGCAGCUUCAUCAGGCUCGAAGGCGUCAGAGGAAUACGAGGAAAUGGACUUGCAUUGGCCUUCUAAUUUUGAUCAUUAUUGUGCUCAUUAUUGUGCUUCCAAUAGUGCUCAAGAACUGAAUGGAGAAGAGGAAAAAUUGGUUGUUU